AAUAAAAGGUGGGGGACGGCGACGUGCAAAAUCAUUGGCAGGAGGAAGUCGUGUCGCACUGCGGUUGGAACCAAGCUCCUCACCUUUGACUUACCACAGUGAUUCUCUUUCGAUGGUUGAUGUUCUGGAGAGUUAUCGUAGACAACGGCCUAGUAGGGAAUUAAGUCGUCUUAACAUCACCUCGACUUUACAGUGGUUUGUUUGAUCGGACAGACGAUACGGGCAGCAACCGCUGAAGUGAAAGCCUGCAUACGCCGCAGUACGCCCAGGGUCCUUACGGAAGACACUCGUCUUUCGAGAUGUUUGCAAGCUACAAGCUGGUCGUACCGGUGGUGAUGCUGUAUUUGGCGACAUUAAUUUGCCAUGCCUCCUGUGGAUCACUUGGUCGUAGCGACCCCAUUCUGCCACACGUGCGGGUUCGGAGGACGCUCUACGGAACUCCGGAAGAGAAGUUUUUCCAGCUCAUGGCCUACUACCGGCUGAAAGUAGCUGUGAAGAUGCAAAAAAUCGAGUGUUACAAGAGGUCCUUCUGCCAAGUGGCGCGUGCCUUGGGUACGGGCUCCUCCAAAACAUCCUUCGUCGGCAGAUUCAUGAGUGGCGUAGCGGAGUUGCCCGAUUCCCUCUUGGGAGCGCUUGGCAAAGGAUGGAUUGGCCAAGACUGCGCUCAGGCGUACAGGUCGUGCGACCGAGCCAGGGACUACGUCCGGCGCAUUGUGGAAGCCGUGAUCAACACUAGACCAAGCACGGAGUGA